UUCCUGUACGCUGAGAUCUUCAUCCCGUACGCCUGCAGCUUUUGGAUCAUCUUCGGAGGCUCGUCUUCAGUUCCCAGCAUGCAGUCUGUCUCCGGUCUGCUCUACAGUCUGUACCGCAUCACUCUGGUGGACGAGUACGAGUAUGCUGCCAUGGCGACCAUGGAUGGCGUCAUGGCUCCUCUGCUGUGUGGGACAUUUCUGGCGGCGUCCUCCAUCCUGUGUGUCAACCUGCUGAUCGCCCUGCUGACAGACACCUUCCAGAGGGUCCACGAUAACUCUCAGGCGAAUGCUGUGAUGCAGCAGGCCGCGGUCAUCCUUCAGGUGGAGGAGUCGAUGCCCGUCCUCCGCCGUUUCUAUGACAACCAGUUUAUCUCCACCCACUGUGCGCCGCUGGCUGUUGCCCCCAACGAUAACACCAUCACAACAAACCCCCAUUACCAUGGAGAGAUGGGACGCAUCACCAUGGAGAUCAAAGAGACUCUUGACCAGUUCCUGAUCCUGCAGAGGGAUGCAGAGACCACCAGAGUUUCAGGAGGACAGAUCCACCAGGACCACCAGGACCUGCAGAGCAGGGAGCCUCAGAACCAGCAGAGCCAGAUCCUGCAUAACCAGGAUCUUCAGGUGAUCCGAACAGAGCUGCAAGAGCUCAAGACUCUGGUCCGGCAGCUGGUUCAGAUCAGGACUAAUUCUGGUCCACAGAUCUGACUGUGAGAGGAGACAAGACCUGACCCAUCUGUGAGGACCUGAACCUGAUCAGACCGGAUCAGACUAGACUGGAACAGAAGUGUCAAUUAAAAUAUUAAAUAUGAUGUUGUGUUGCUGCUACUUUAACCUUUGGAUCUGUGAGAUAAUUGUUAUGUCUGGAAUUGUUUUAUGUUGGUAAUUAUUAUAUUUUUGUAAUAGUUUCUAUAUUUUUGAUUAAUUCAUGUUUGUAAUAGUUUUUAUGUUUGUAAACAUUUAAUAUUUGUAAUAGUUUUGUGGUUCUUUGGUUCGAGUGGAAAAAUAAACAGAUGGACAUAAUAAAAAAAAAUAAUAUCCAGACAGACAUAAAAAUAACAAAAUAAAAAA